AUGGGAAAGCUGCUUCCAGUUCUUGCUUUUGGUCUUGCUGUCCUUGGAUUUGCAUUGACAUGCACUGCUACAACUUACACAGUGGGGGACACCUCUGGCUGGGACAUAAGCACUGACCUCAGUACAUGGUCCAACGACAAAAAAUUUUAUGUUGGCGAUAUUCUCUGGUUCCAAUACUCAUCAUCUAAUAGUGUUAGUCAAGUGAGCAAAGAAAGCUUUGAGAGUUGCAACACAACCAAAGUUGUGGAAUCAUAUACAGGGGGGAACACAACGGUCACAUUGACGCAUCCUGGUGAUUGGUAUUUUGUGAGUGGUAACAAGCUAUACUGCUUGGGAGGGAUGAAGCUCCAUGCAGAAGUAGAAAACAACCAAGCUUAUGCGCCGGCUGGCGCACCACAGGCAGCAACUGGUUCCGGCCAAGGGGAUCAUCUUCCACAACCUACUUCUAAGAGCAACAUUCCUACUUCAAGUGCAUUCAUCAACUGUGGACCGAAUGUCUUUCUGUUGGCUAUCUUAGGCCUUAUAGCUUCCAUGCUAUAUACGGAUGUUAAAUUGUGA